GUGGGAGAACCAGGAGAAGGUGGUUGGGAAAACUAUCCUCAGGGCAAGAGGUUGCCUGAAAAAUGCAAUCUUAUCUAUUACAAAGAGUGUAAGUAUACCAAAGAUCAUAGGGGACUGAGCAAGAAUCAUUAAUAGUUAUCAACCACACUGAAUAGGAAGAACCAGAGGACUCCACGUCAGAGAGCCUGGAGGUGGAUGUGCCAACUCAUACCCUGUACAGUCUUAGUUCUCCUGACUGAACACUGACCACGUUCUUGUUUCCCCCUUCCCUGCCGCAUAUCCUCUGCAAAGCCAUGUGGCUGUACCUGGCGACUCUCGUGGGCCUCUACUACCUUCUGCGCUGGUACCGGGAGAGACAGGUGGUGAGCCGCCUCCAAGACAAGUAUGUCCUUAUCACGGGCUGUGACUCGGGCUUCGGAAACCUGCUGGCCCGGCAGCUGGAUCUGCGAGGCUUGAGGGUGCUGGCUGCAUGUCUGACAGAGAAGGGGGCUGAGCAGCUGAGGGGCCAGACGUCAGACAGGCUGGAGACAGUGAUCCUGGAUGUCACCAAGACAGAGAGCAUCGCUGCGGCUACCCAAUGGGUGAAGGAGAGAACGGGGGACAGAGAAGACCUCUAG